AAUUGCUUCCAAGGAUGAACCAAACUUGUGGAGGUCUACAAUUUUUUUUUUUGAGGUCUUGGCUGAUUUCUUUUGAUUUUCCCAUGAUGUCAAGUAAAGAGGCACUGAGUUUGAAUGUAGACCUUGAAAUACAUCCACAGGUACACCUCCAAUUGUCUCAAAUGAUGUCAAUUAGGCUAAUUGACAUAAUUUGAGGCUAUCAGAAGCUUCUAAAUCCAUGACAUCUCUUCUGGAAUUUUCCAAGCUGUUUAAAGGCAUGGUCAACUUAGUGUAUGUAAACUUCUGACCCAUUGGAGUUGUGAUUAAGUGAAAUAAUCUGUCUGCAAACAAUUGUUGGAAAAAUUACUUGUGUCAUGCACAAAGUAGAUGUCCUAACCGACUUGCCAAAACUAUAGUUUGUUAACAAGAAAUUUGUGGAGUGGUUAAACAACAAGUUUUAAUGACUCCAACCUAAGUGUAUUUAAACUUCCGACUUGAACGGUAAGUGAAGGACCACCACAUUGAACACACUACCACAGCUGGAGCAGGAGCUGGUAAGAUACAGUAUUUAUAGCACAGUGUGUGUGUGGUGGUUCCGUGGUGGUGGGGCUUGCCCUGGGUUAGAGUUGUUUGGGUUAGCGGUUGAAGUGAAUGCACUGGAGGAACAGAUGUCUCUGUCUGAUCAGCAUAGCAAGAGGAAGAGCUGGGAAUGUGUCUUGUUUUGGAACCAUAAACUGAGAAAGGUAGUCGCCCCACUGUGCAGUAUAUGUCCUCUCUGUGUGAGCUGCCACAGGCCCUGCAGCCUUACUACAUCCAGGGCUAUGUCCUCACCACCCUGCAUCCCAUCAUCCUCUCUGUUGGACGCACACGCUCCCUGCCCUUCAGCCUGCUCUACCGAGCCAUCCUCACCCGCCCACGACCCAGCAAACAGGUGGUGUCCAUGUGUCACAGUGUUCCGGUGUUGAGGGUGGAGGAGUGGCCUAUCACAGGACAGUCUCUGACGGGUGACAAUGUUAGAGCACUGAUUGACAGGGUGAACAGUAGUGCCCGGGGGGGCGUGAGGUUUGUGGGCUCGGUGCUCCAGCCGGCUGGAGGAGGGGGCAGUAACGAUAGGAUGCCUAGCCCCAGGAGGGGCUGCCGAUCCCUCCCACGCACUCCUCCAUGUACCCCUCCUGGUGAUGGAGAAACAGACCUGGAGGAGCACAGCCCUACCUACAGCCCUGACCUGAGGUUGCUGGUGUUUUUCCACUCGUGGGCACCAGGCUGUGCUCCGCUAGACGCUCUGGCCUGCCAGUACCACCAGGGGGCACUGUCCAUGCGCGUGUCCAGAAAGGGUCAGAUGGUCAGCUCACUGGAGGCCGAUUGGCUGGAGCUGACUGCAGCCUACUACCGCAAAGGCUGGUCAGUGGUGGACUCGUUUGUGUACUGGGACACACCCAAAGGUGAGCCCGUGCCCAGGUCACUAGAGGGGCUGUUUGUCUAUGAGGAGAGAAGCACUGCCCCUCCUGCCAAUGACACUAUCGUAGUGGAGCAGUGGACCGUCAUCGAGGGUUCUGAUGUGAAGACAGAUUACGGGCCACUCCUUCACACACUGGCUGAGUUCGGCUGGCUGCUCACCUGUGUCCUGCCCACACAUAUCAUCCGCUAUGACAGUGAUGGUAACCUGGCAACCAAGCAUGUGGUGUUCCUACAGAGACCAAUCAAGACCUCUUCAAUACCACAGAGCAACCAUGCUGGGUCCAUUCAGAGCGACGUGUCCACUCACUCUGUGGGCAGCCCCCUAACACCCCCCAAUAUGGAGUUGUCCACCACCGCUGGGGGUAUCGGGGGGUUCCCUGUCUUCGGAGGGGGGUACCCCAGCACCCUGUCCCACCUAGAGGGGGGCUUCGAGCACGAUGACGGGGCGGCAGAGGUGACCUGCAUGUGACCCCUGAAAUGGACACACACAUACACCCCCCAUCUAUCCCUCUAAUCGCUUCCCUAACCAAGAAGACUAGAAAAGCAAAACUUGGCACUUUUUAAAAAUUAUUAUGUGGCCAUAUUUACAAUUUUGAGAUGGUGUUAUUUCCAUUUUUAUACAUUUUGUUGGGAAAAGCAAGCUGUAGAGACACUUUUGUUCAUGCACUUAUUAGUCCAGAUUCACACAUCACAUCUCAUCGUUCACACAGCACCUUGUCAUAUGAGGAGAAAGAACACACACACACAUUCACACAACUGUGACCAGCAGAAAGCAUAGGACAUCUUCACAGUGACCGGGGGAACCAGGAAGAAGCUUCCAUGCAGACACACACAGACCACUGGAUUGAACUCUGACCAACUACACACCUGAUUGUUGGAACGUGACCCCAUGUUUUGGGACCCCCUCCCCCAAGCACCUCCGUUCAAUACAACUUUAUUUAUCUCCUCAUCCUCAGACGUGUAACAUCUUACCUACUCUGGCUCAAGGUGACACGGGCCAAACGCACAGCUACAUUGGGAAUACAUUGUAGUGCAGCUGACUAGGUAUUCCCUUUCCUGCCACCAGCUCCUCCCCCGUUGUCUCAAACACACCCAGCUGGAUGGAAAUGUACCAGGCAGAUAAAUACACACUCGCUGUUUGUUGGUGCUACUGUCCAGGGCCUUGCAGCGUUCAGUAAUAUUAUUCAAACAGACCUCUUUCUGGGAUAGUUGUAAUACUAGGGGUGUUUGAGUUUAGGCCCGGAGAAGAUUAUUUGUACUGUAAUUGCAUGGGUGAGUCUUAUUUAUUUCCAUAUACCGGACUGCCAAGCCACAGGGUUGCCUGGGUAAUAUACUGAACCUUCUCUAGAUAUGUACAUCAGGGCUAUAAAUGUAUUGUCUGAUUGGUGCUUAAAUUUAUUGUUCACUGAUCUGAUCAUUAGUGUGCAUUUUCAUAAGAUCAAUACCUAUUCUAUUCCUGCACCUAUUGUCAUUUAGAAAUAGCUGGUAGUUAUUUUAUAGCCACAUGGUACUGGUUAUCAGGCCUCAAUUGUUUUCAUUCUGCCCAGUGAUGAUUCCUUUCCUCAGUUCUUCAGACAAAAGCUCUAUUGUGUUACUAAGGGAGGCGACAUUUGUUUAAUAAUACUAUUAAAGUGAAACAAAGCGUUUGUUGUGCAAGAGAACACCACGAUGCUGUAGAUGUUAAAUAGUAUUACUAGAGGUGGACAUUUGUAGUUAUACAAUACAGGUUUAUGAGCCCCUUUGUUUUGGGGAUGGUGAAACAAAUCAUUAUUAUUUACCUGUUGCAGUGUUUGUGAGAAUUUGUAAUAUUUUGCUUCCUUUUGUCAUCAGUGUUUAUUAUAUUAAACAGCUAUUCCUCUGUGUCCGCUUUAGAAAUA